AUGCCUGAUUUCAGUAUCGUAGUUGGGGGAAGACUCCCCGCUCGUAUGCAGAAUGGCACACCCUUCCCGGGGUCCGGUCUGGGUAUCAAGAUCGUCGGCGAUGUCACCUGCGAGGGAGUUGAAGUCAUGCGCAAGGCGGGAGAGGCCGGGAACUAUGAUGAGGUCUAUUUCGUCCUGCCCUAA